UAGUCAUUCUGUUUCUUCACCUACACAGUUGUCUGUCUGAUGCUUGGGCUUUGUUGAAAAGAAGCCACACAGAAAAUGAGGAUAUGGUCAUGUACUUCCUCCAGGCCUGUAAAGGUGUGAAUCUACAUGUUGAAGCUGUAAAAUACAUUUGCCAUGGAUGCCACGUGGGUUAAUCUACAUUAACUCAUAAAUACUACUUUACUUCACACUGCUAAGGCACACUGCUAAAACAGCUUUUCUAACUCUUGAUCAGGGUGAAGAAGACUGCAGCAAAGUUGAAGUAUGUAUCUUGCAGCAGAAGAAUAAAGAUUGUUUUAGUGAAAUGAUACCCAGCCCACUGUCUGCUACACUGUAUCAGAAUCAGGCGGAGAGAACGUCUUCAGAGGAACUGGUCAAACUGGUCAUGAAGGCUGUGACAGAAAUGAGAAAACCAAAUCCCAGCAUAAGUGAGGUUGUGUGGCCAAAGAAACCAAAGAGAAAAUCAAACAGCAGAGAAAUAUUUCUGUCAGUGCAGGCUAUGCGCCGCCUCACUCCAAGCCCAUUCUCAAUGGAAGCUGUGAAAGAAACCGAACAAACAGCAAAUACACAGGAUGGCCAAGGGGAACACUAUGCUCUCCAUUCUGUAUGUAGUUUAAGUCCCCAUAGUUUUUUUUUAAUGCAUAUGUAUUUUCAAGUGAAACAGUCACAGAUCUUUGUGUCUCUGUUACAGAAUCAAUCUGAAACACCGGAUAUUCUGACUUCUGAGAAUCAAAGGUCUUUGUCUGCUCUUUCUUUCUCCUCUGCCUCAUCAGCACCUCUGUUGAAACAUCCUCACUUCUUUGACAGCACCAUAACUUUGCAGAGGAUUUCAGCUUUUCUCACUGAUCAGGAGAUCCAAACUAAAGAAGAUGAUGAAGACGAUGAGGACAAUUUCACCUCAGUGGAUGAUUCUUUGCCACAAUGCUGGGAGCCAAAACUGUCACCAGAUGGCGCCACAGAACAACUUUCCCUCUGUGACUUAGAUAAAAGUUUAAAGUCCCAAGAUAAAGUAACAGCUUAUGCUUUGCAAGGUGGAGAAGAUGACAGGAAGUACACACCAGGAGAGCAAGUUGCUGAUGAUUCUCCCAAAAUGGCCACUUCAGGCUCCCACAAAAGGGAAGACCAGUCAGAUGGUUUUCUGGUGAUAUCAGCAGACCAGAAAGGGGAUGAGCACCACCAGCAAAAGGAAGCUCUGGGAUGUGGCAUUCAAGACUUCUCCAGUACACCAUCAACAACCCUCCAAGAUCCAGUGACUGACCUAAACCAAAGGUUGGUUUCAGAGGACAACAGUGGCCCACCAACAAUUGAUAACACCACGUCUUCCUGUCUGCUUGGCCCCUCAUUCACCAACAGACUGGCCAACGUCACCGAUUUCUCUGCAAAGCAAACAGAUGACAAACAGGCAGAAGGAAAGGAGCUUGCAGGUUGGAAAGGGAAGGCUCCACAACAAAGAGUCAUGAGUGGAAGAACACAAUCCAGAAAAGGCAAACGAGUGAAGAGAACAUGAUGAAAAUAAUGUAUGAAAAAAAGAGUUUUUUGAAGACAUGAAUCUCGUUUAUAUAUCAUGAACUCACACUCUGUAACACUGACCGAUCAACUAAACAUUGGACAUACCAGCAACAUGCAGUACAUAUUUUCUUGAAUGUUUCUCAGAACUAUAUCUGAAAGUGUCACAAACAUUAUUAUAUAUAUAUAUAUAUUUUCACCAUUGUCUGUUCAAUAUUAAAAUGAUACAUGCUGUUCCAGAUAAUAACACAAAUACACCACAUUAAAAAUCCACUGAUGUUAUCUUUGGAAGUGAUUCCACUCUUUACAUUCUUUGCUGGCUUCCCCCAUGCAUGGAAAAAAAUGUGAUGUUUGCUUUGCAACCAUAGUAUCUCAUGAAAAAUGGAUGACCUCCCAAUGCUUUCUUCAGCCCAUUCCCCUCUAUAUUUACUCAGAGUCCAGGGAAUGCAUUUGGGUUAGCAUCCCUCCCCUUAUCCCUCUCUUGUUCGGGUGAGUGAAUAACUUAACACAUAUUUCAGGUUGACACACUUCUCCUGCGGAUCUCCCCUGGGCGCCCAGUUCACGAGCCCACACGUUGUAUUAUUUAAAAAUGGGCUUUGGAAUUCUGCUCAUGUAAUUUGCUCUUCGGGCUUUUUUUAAAUUUAAGACUUUGCCCUUGCGGUUGUUGUAGCACUUCUGAUACCAGAGGUUGUCCAAGGUCUAAUCAGAUAAGACAUCAGCUCGACUACAUUUAGUUAAUUUUGUGUUGAU